GCUGCGGGUGCUGCCACACGUGCAAAGCGAAGCAUGGAUGAUGAGGAAAAUGAUCAAGAACUUUGUGAAGAUGACGUUGUGGAAGUCAUCUCUCUAAGUGAAGGAGAAGAGCAACCCAUUGAAGAUCUAGAGGCUGAUUUAGAUGGAGUAGAGCUUUCUCGUGACAAAGAUGGCUCGGAUGAUGAGUAUAGUAUGGGUGUAAUGGUAAUACAGCCAUUACGCGAUGACUCCAUUACCUGUUUAAAUGAACACAGAGGUCCAGUAUUUGCAAUCGAUGUUAAUUCCAAUGCAAGUUUGGUAGCAUCUGGUAGUCAAGAUGAUAGAGCUCUGGUCUGGAGCACAAGUGAUAAGAAUGUGGUUUUUGAAUGCAAUGGUCAUACGGAGUCAGUUACUUGUGUCUGUUUCAGUCACGACGACAAGUAUCUAGCGACAUCAGAUCUAGCAGGCCUUGUACAGGUCUGGCAGUGCAGUAAUGGAAAGUGUGUGUGGAGAUUUGACGCAUCAAAUGUAGAAUGGUUGAUGUGGCAUACUGGUGCCCAUGUGUUAUUAGCCGAGUACUACUGAUGGGGAUGGUUGGAUAUGGAGGAUACCCUCUGGCGAUGCAAGA